UUUAUUUACCGGACACACGUUUCUGCUCACGAGCUCUGAUUCACCUGCCGAAAUUAAAAUCAUAAAUCGGCUGUUGGUGAGAUCAGAGGAGCCCGGACUCUAAACAUGCCACUUUCUCUGUUAACGGAACCCGUUGUUGUUACGGUCGCGAUUUUCCUGUCAUCGGCGCGCGUCCUGAUGCGGAGGUCACGCAGUCUGUCGCCGCUCCGCGCGCUGCAGACGGGCCACGGCGAGGCCUCGCGCUUCCGAAACCUCUGCGAGCUCGAACCGAACCGGAGCCCGGUGGCCAGCGGAUUGCGCGCGACCAUGAGGAGUGUCGCGAGUGAGGAGUCGCGCGUGCAGUACUAUCAGCUGGCCAGCAGGUGGCGCGUGAGUCUGGAGACCCGGCGGAGGAGCCGGGCGAGUCUGACCGCCACGGGGCGCUGCAGAGGCGGACACCAGAGCCGCUCAGAGUCCGCUGCUGCUGCUGGAGCUGCGGACGUCGCGAGCGUCGCGAGCGUCAUCUCCGCCGCGGCGCUCGCCUUCUGCUUGAAGAAAGAACGCGAUGAUAAAGAUUCUAAACACUCCAUACACGCCCUGCUCACACAGAACAGUCAGAGUUAUAAUAAUAGUUUAAUAUACACACUUAUAAAAUUACCUCUGACCUCUGACCUCUCGCUGUGUGCAGGUGCCAACCCUUUACAGAAGAACGACCUGGGACACACACCGCUGACGUACGCCAAAGAGGGAGAGAUGGCCACGCUGCUGAAAGAGCGGAAGCGCGAGGCGGAGGAGAGGAGGAAGUUUCCUCUGGAGCGCAGACGGAAGGAGCACAUCAUUGGACAGGAAGGAGCCAUCAAUACAGUAGCAUCAGCCAUUAGGAGGAAGGAGAACGGCUGGUAUGAUGAAGAGCAUCCCCUCGUCUUCCUCUUCCUGGGCUCAUCUGGAAUCGGUAAAACUGAGCUGGCCAAGCAAGUGGCAAGAUACAUGCAUAAAGAUAUUAAGAAGGGUUUCAUCCGGAUGGACAUGUCUAAAUUUUAGGAGAUACAUGAGGUGGCGAAGUUCAUCGGUUCUCCUCCAGGAUACGUGGGUCAUGAAGACGGAGGUCAGCUGACCAAACAGCUCAAACAAUGUUCAAACGCCGUGGUUCUGUUUGACGAGGUGGACAAAGCUCAUCCAGACGUGCUGACCAUCAUGUUACAGCUCUUUGAUGAGGGUCGACUGACUGAUGGGAAGGGGAAGAUGAUCGAGUGUAAAGAUGCCAUCUUCAUCAUGACGUCUAAUGCAGCUAGUGAUGAGAUUGCCCAGCAUGCAUUCCAGCUGAGACAGGAAGCUCAGGAGCAGAGCCGCCGGCGUCAGGCAGAGAAUCUGGACGAUGUUCAGAAGAGCGAGAAGAUCACCAUCUCCAACACUUUCAAAGAGCAGGUGAUCCGGCCCAUCCUGAAGGUAAUCCUCCGUCCUCCUGUGCUCAUUUCCGAGUUUCUGGGGAGGAUUAAUGAGAUCGUGUACUUCCUGCCAUUCUGUCACUCUGAACUCAUUCAGCUGGUCAGCAGAGAGCUCCACUACUGGGCCAAGAAGGCCAAGCAGAGGCACAACAUCACGUGCUGGAGUGCUGCCGGAGGAUAUAACCUGCACUACGGCGCACGCUCCAUUAAACACGAGGUGGAGCGGCGGGUGGUCAAUCAGCUGGCCGCUGUGUAUGAACAGGAGCUGCUUCCGAAGGGCUGUACUCUGCGUCUGACCGUCGACGGAGGACAAGAGAAGGAUGGAGCUCCAGCUCUGCGUCUGGAGGUGGUGGGUGAAGACAGCACGGCCCAAAAACUGGACAUCCGCCCGCCGCUGCCCCCCGAGGACGUGACACACACCCACCGACAUCACUGAGACACACAGACAGGAGCUUCAGUGCAGUAAUGCGUCGCUCACACACACACAGCAGAUUAUUGACAGAAACAUAAAAAUGAGGUAUGCAGACAUACUCCUAACAUUAAUAACACACAUGAAUCACAGCGGCUUUAUGAUGUUUGUAAUAAUGCAGAUCUCCGUCCCACUUCCAGAGCGUUUGUCACAUCUACAGACAUAUAGAUGUGUAUGUUAUAGUGUAUGAGAGAAAGUCAUGUGAUCACUAAUGUGCUUGGUUUCCUCCAGCAGGACGCCUUCAUCAGUCUAUUAUAGGACUUUAAAACACACAUAUUUCUGAGUUUUAGAUUCAAUUGUUAAUAUGGAGAUGAUUUCUGUUUCUGUGCUUAUUGUAAGUGAUUCAUCAGCUUUAUUCCAAAGAAAAACAAUAACACUUUACAAUAAGAUUUGAGUUGUUAACAUUGCUUCACUAUAUGGGUAUCAAGAACUCACAAUGAAAAACUAUUCUAAACAUUAUAGAAAUAUACUUGAUUACACUUUAUUGGGUGUAAUUAUGCAUUUAAUAUUAAUAAACCACCUGUAUUUGCUAUAUGCUAUGAAACACUACCGUUUGUUAUAAAGAGAAGAGUCCUGAACCGUGAGGAUCCUCGGGUGCUUCAGUGUGAAACUUUUUUUAUUUGUACUCAAAGCUAAAUAAAGUUGAGAAAGUCAAAUGGCUGUUCUUUGACCGUGCGCUGUGUAACAGGUUUAGUUGAGGAAUGUUGUGUUCUCUGUGGGUUGUAGUCGAACACCAAUAAACGUGUGUUCGGGAAUGUGUGUGUGUGUGUGUGUGUGUGUGAGAGAGAGUGAUGCAGGGGGAGGAAUGCAUCACACACAUUCCUUCUUUUCUCUGCAUCCUUCUUUACACAUGUAGGGAUUCUCUCACUUCCUGUGGGGAUGAAAUUAGCAUCGUAAAACAGAGCCCUGCUGCCCGCCGGACCUCCCACAACACACACACACACACACACAUACACAAUUUAAAGUUGGCACAAUUUGGGUCAGACCUUUCAGUGAUUACAAACUCUCAUUCUCAGCAAUCUGAAAGCAAAUGCGUCUCAAAUCAGAGUCGGUCACUGGAGUCUCUUGAGGAACUGCAGGUUGUUCAGGGUUUGUUAAGUUUGAUUUAAUAUGAUCUGAAAAUAAAACAUGAACUGAUUUGAUCUGAGUAAUAAUGCUGUUGUCUUUGAAAGCUGCUUUACAAUUUACAAAGCAGCAUUUAAACAGUUUGAACUGUGUAAAGCUUUGUAAAAGUAAAGGUGAACUGACUCAAGACCAAAAAUACAUGUAAGCUUUAUACACACUAUAGAAAUAACACUGAAUAAUUCACAAUUACAUGCAACGAACUCUAAACCAAACACUCAUCCUAACCAUAACCAUACAGUAAACACAUGCAGUUUAUUAAUAUUACACAGUAAUUAAACAUAUGAUCACACUGUAACAGACACCGCUAAAUAAAGUGUGCAUUUGAUCAAUGCUUGAGAUACACUGAAGAGAAACAAAGCAUUUAUUAAGAAGAGGAAAAACUAUGUUGAACGAUUUUGUGGAAGUCUGGUGUUUGUGAAGUCUAUUUGAGAAUAAUAAUGAGUGUGUUUGAGAAGAUGCUGCUGCAGCAGAUCUCAUGUUACUGAAGAAAACCUCCUCCAGCCUCUAAAAGAGUCCAAUUCAAUUAGAAACCGAGAGAGAGAGAGAGAGAGACAGCUUUCAUUACUCUGUCUCACACACACUCAUGGUAAUGCCUGUGUGUGUGUGUGUGUGUGUGUAACGAUGAUCCUCUAUCAGAGUCUGCACUGAUCUGGCACACACACACACACACACACAGCCGUGAACGUCUCUCGUCCAUUAACGUGUGUGUCCAUGUCUUUUAACGGCUGCUGCUCUCUCUUCUCUCUCGUCUCUCUCUUCUCCUCGAGUCCCAGCGGA